AUGAUGGACAUGGACAUGUCGGGAGGCUCUGGCUCCGGGGGCGUCCCCUGGUUGGACCAACCGGUGAUGUUACAUUCUUCCCGCGCCGACAGCUGCUCCAUGACUCCCGAGCAAUGCGCAUAUCGCAACUACCACUGGAGAUACUGGUAUGAGGCUGACCACGUGUACUCGCUCAAUACAGUAUAUUUCUUCUGUGCGACGAUCGGGGUCUUCGCCAUCGCCAAUUUUCUAGCCAAGUAUGCGCCGGUUCAAGUCAAGAGGAGUGCCGCUUGGAAGAAGGCCACGGCGGGGUUACGGUAUUUAGCGUAUAGGGGGUAUGAAUUGCCGGUCGUGAGGUAUUGGUCGCCAAGUUUGGGGGUUAUCCUACUCGGACUUGCGGGGACAGUGUUCUGUUUUGCGAUGACGCUCGGUCCGAAGCCCUAUUACUGGCCUGAGGUGCAGACCGGCUCUUAUGGGAGCAGUCCGCCUAUUGCAACGAGGACGGGGUGGAUGGCUUUGGCUGUGCUGCCCUUUGUUUUGGCGUUCGGAGCCAAAGCGAAUAUGAUCUCGGCGUUGACUGGUGUGCCUCAUGAGAAGUUGCAGGUCUUUCAUCAAUGGUCUAGUUAUGCCAUGUUCGUUCUCGGCCUGAUUCACACCUUCCCGUUUAUCGUGUAUCAUAUCCACAAGGGCGAUAUGGUUAUGGAGUGGAACACGAGCUUGACAUACUGGACCGGUGUUGCAACGCUUAUUCCACAGGCUUAUUUGACGGUCAUGUCAUUGCCAUCUAUACGGAAUCGGUACUACGAAUUCUUCAAAGCAACUCACUUCAUCGUCGCAUUGCUGUUCAUUCUCUUCUUUUUUUUCCACUGCGACUUCCGACUAUCCUCCUGGUACGAUAUCCCGCUUCAUACACUGAUGUCCGCUAACUCAACUAGGGACUACUUCAUCGCCGCCGGCGCAAUCUACCUCCUCUCCCUCUUCACAGCCCAGAUCCGCACCUACUUCAUCCACGGCGUCCACUCCGCAACCCUCGACCUCCUCCCCUCCGGCCUCCUCCGCGUGAAGGUCCCUACCAUCAUAUCCUGGCACCCCGGCCAACACGUCUUCGUCCGCUUCUUCACCCUCGGCCUACACUCGCUCACAGCACAUCCGUUCACGAUCAGCUCCAUCGCCUACGAUCCAGAAAGAGUCGGGAAAGCAUCCGAGAUUGUCUUCUACAUCAAGCCAAAACACGGUGUUACAGGCCGUCUUGCCAAGAUCGCUGAAAAGAGUCCCAGUUGCACAAGGAAGGUUUUGUUGGAGGGUCCGUAUGGGGGGCUUUCUGAAACACGUCUCGGACAGUUCGAUCAUAUACUUGUGAUCGCUGGUGGCUCAGGUGGCGGAUUCUCAUUAUCGGUUCUCGAAGAAGCGCUGAAACAACCUUCCCUCGCACACGGAAAUAUCCAAAUUGUCUUCGCGACUCGCCAGCAGAACAUGGCAGAUUGGUAUAUCGACGAAGUCGAAACAAAACUAUCCACCUUCAACGCUUCCAAAAACAACUCCAUCUCUGUCUACAUCACAUCUCACAACCAACCCGCCCCUACCAACAAAGACACCACAGACCCAGACCCAGACGCCGAACCAAGCGAUACCAAAAACAAAGACCUCCCCGAACAAAAUGUAACCUCUGCAUCCACAUGCUCGGGAUCAUACAGCAUCGCUGUGAAUAGACCGUUCCGGCCUAACCUCCCCGAGAUCGUCGCUGCUGCUACCAACAGAGAAUCGGGGAAACGGGUUGGAGUGUUUGUUUGCGGGCCGGCUAGUAUGUUGCAUGAUACGCGUAAUGCGGCUGCGCGGGCGCAGAGGGAGGUGCUAAGGGGGAAUGUCGAGGAGGUGUUUUUGCAUACAGAGCCUUUUUCGUGGUGA